CAGUUAUGCAUAAUGUGGGCAAGGCAUUUGAGACUACACAAAGCUGCCAAACCAGUCAUUUCAUUUAGGAAAAGCAAGAGCCCUCCCAUCUCCUUCUACCACUCUGAAAAAAAUAAUAAAUUAAAAAAUAGCGCGUCUGACAGCUUUAUGCGCUACAAAGCGUACGGGGAAGCAAGCAUAUAUUCAUAUAUCUCAAGGCAAGGACGUUUCUAACUUGAUUUUACUCGCCUACUCGUUGCACAAUGUGACACAUCCUGGUCUCACACAGUGCAAUAAUGCUGGUGAAGGCCAAACCAAACUGGAGACUGCAUUUGCAAUAAUAUUUUAAUCGUGCAAGCUCCCCGACACGGCUGCGUCAGGCGAUUACUACUAGAAACUGCUUAGAAAACAAACGUGGAAUAUUUUGAAAGGAUCAGUCGAAUAAAAAACCCGUCUCCGGUAAAGCGGCGGAAGGAAAACCCGGACGCGAAGUUUUAUUUAUUUAUUCCUUUUAAAAAACAGAAAGCAUAUUUUGUUGUUCACACUAGCGUUAUUGCUUAAUCUUCUCAUUUUUCCGGGGAUUCUUCCAACACCCUACGAAGAGGACGAGUAACGCCGACCCUGCUAUGGUUUUUGCUGUGCGUUUCUACACCUGUGAAGGGUGUGACUUCAUCACUUAGAGAUGCCAUGCUGACUUCCUGCUGUCCGCUCUCCAGCCCAGCGCAGCUUCAUCUCGUCUGCACACCAGGCCAGCACCUGGAGAUCGCUGUAUUCCAAACAGGAUUGCUGGCAAUGCCUUGUUUUCUCAAUGAGUUCCUUGCCAGCCCUUUAAAACAGCAUCGCUAGCACCCGUUGGAUUAUUUGUUUUUAACUGCGAAGAAAGUCUUUCCCUGCCAAAAUGCUGAUCAAGGAAUAUCGCAUCCCUCUGCCCAUGAGCGUGGAGGAAUAUCGGAUCGCUCAGCUCUACAUGAUACAGAAAAAGAGCCGCGACGAGACGUGCGGAGAAGGGAGUGGUGUGGAGAUCCUGGAGAACAGGCCCUACACAGACGGCCCGGGAGGCUCGGGGCAGUACACUCACAAAGUGUACCACAUCGGGAUGCAUAUCCCCAGCUGGUUCCGCUCCAUAUUACCCAAAGCUGCACUGAGAGUAGAAGAGGAGUCCUGGAAUGCCUAUCCCUAUACUAGAACACGGUACACCUGUCCAUUCGUGGAGAAGUUCUCAAUUGACAUUGAAACGUAUUACAAGCCUGAUACAGGAGACGAGAUCGACGUGUUUAACAUGUCACCAUCAGACAGGAGACAGAGGACUCUAGAUCCCAUCGAUAUCGUUAAGGAUCUGAUCCCCCCUCACGAGUACCUGGCGGAGGAGGACCCCAAACUGUACAAAUCAGUGAAGACCAAGAGGGGUCCCCUGACGGAGGACUGGAUUGAGGAGAUCAAGAACAACCCGGGCAAGAUGCCCAUCAUGUGCGCCUACAAGCUGUGCAAAGUGGAGUUCCGAUACUGGGGAAUGCAGUCCAAGAUUGAGAGGUUUAUCCACGACGUAGCCCUGAGGAAGGUGAUGGUGCGGGCGCACAGGCAGGCCUGGUGCUGGCAGGACGAGUGGUACGGACUGAGCAUCGCCGACAUCAGACAGCUGGAGCACGAGACGCAGCUCAUGCUGGCUCAGAAGAUGGCCGAGUUCAGCUGCAAUGACGAGGCGGAGCAGAACGGAGCCAGCACCUCGCCGGCCGACAAGGGCCAGGAGGCAAAGGCCAUCUCCUCCUCCGAGGCUGAGGACGUCUCCGGCAGCAUCGGAGACACGCUGCAGGGCCGCGGCGAGCUCACCAAGCAGUGGUCCACGUCCUCCAAGUCUUCUCGCUCUUCCAAGAGAGGAGGGAGCCCCUCUCGUCACAGCAUAUCAGAGUGGAGGAUGCAGAGCAUUGCGAGAGACUCCGAGGACAGCUCCGACGAUGAAUUCUUCGAUGCCAUUGAGGACCUGUCUGACAGCGAGGAGAUCUUUUCUGAGAAGAUUACAAAGUGGAAUUCGAAUGACCUCAUAGAUAAGAUUGAGAGCACGGAGGCUGAUGAGGAGCAGGGAAAUCUGUUUCAGGAUUCAGCUGCUUCCAGUGUGGAGAGACUGAGCAUUAUUGAGAUGCAAAGCUCUGUUAGCAGUGUGAAAGGUAUCCCAACAGUCACAGUGACGGGAGUCUUGGCAGAUGGCUCCUCCCAGCAGUCUUCACAGCCGUGCAAGAUCCACGUUCUGGUUCUGGUUCUUCACGGAGGCAACAUCCUGGACACUGGGGGCGGAGACCAGAGCAGCAAGCAGGGGGAUGUGAACACCAUCGCCUCGGCCUUCAACACGGUUAUGCGGGUCCACUACCCCGCUGCCCUGGGCCGCCUCGCCAUCCGCCUCGUGCCCUGCCCUGCCAUCUGCGCAGAGGCCUUCUCUCUGAUGUCCAACCUGAGCCCCUACAGCUACGACGAGGGCUGCUUGUCCAACAGCCAGGACCACAUCCCUCUGGCCGCUCUGCCCCUGCUGGCCACCUCCUCGCCGCAGUACCAGGAGGCCGUCGCCACGGUGAUCCUGCGAGCCAACCAGGUGUACAGCGACUUCCUCAAAUCGCCGGAAGGAGCCUGCUUCACCGGCCAGGUGUGCUUGAUAGGAGAUUGUGUCGGAGGUAUCCUGGGGUUUGAUGCUCUGUGCUACAGCAAUCAGACAGCCUCGGAAAGUCAGAACAGCAGCAGGAGAGGCAGUGUUGUGAGUGUGCAGGACAAUGACCUGCUCUCUCCUGGGAUCAUCGUGAACAACAGCUACUGCUCCGGGAACUCCAACCUGGAGGGCAGCCGACACCUGAGCCGCAGCAACGUCGACAUCACCCGCAGUGGCGCCGACGACCCCAAGAAACAGCUGCCCCGCAAGAGGAGCGACUCCUCCACCUACGAGCUCGACACCAUCAGACAGCACCAGGCCUUCCUCUCCAGCUUACAUUCCAGUGUCCUGAGGCAUGAUCCGGGCUCCAGGAGGUCAAGCAGCUCCACCAUGCUGGACGGAGGGACCCUCGCCAAGUUCGAGUUCGAAGUGUGUGAAUUCUUCCUCUUCGGCUCUCCUCUGGGGCUGGUUCUGGCAUUGAGGAAAACCGUCAUUCCAUCCAUGGAUGUGUCCCAGUUGCGGCCAGCCUGCCAGCAGGUGUAUAACCUGUUCCACCCUGCGGACCCCUCAGCAUCCCGCCUGGAGCCCCUGCUGGAGAAGAAGUUCCACCUGCUGCCCCCCUUCAACGUGCCGCGAUACCAGCGCUUCCCGCUCGGUGACGGGAACUCAGCGCUGCUGGUCGAGACAGUCCAGAGCAAUCCCAUCCUCAUCCUGGAAAGCAGCAGCCCAUUAGUUGCUCUGCGCUCCCAGGAGAACGUCACCGAGACCAGUAUCCCGGUUCCAGUUCUUAACUGGCAAGACGGCUCCUGUAAAAGUCCAGCCACUGUGGAGUCAGAUGUUGUUCAGUCUCAUGGUGGCGUCUUCAUGGAUAAUUCAUCCCCCUCCUCCCCCAAUACAGCCCCUCACUUCAGGGGAUUCCGGAGAGCCAGUGAGGUCAGCAUUGCCAGCCAGGUCUCAGGAAUGGCAGACAGUUACACUGCCUCCAACAUAGCCAACAAACAAGCAUGCCAACUUAACCAUUCCAAAAAACUAAGCCUUUUAUCCCAACUCGCUCUCCCCUACAACAAAUCCUUUUUAAAGAGUGUCUCGCCCAAGUUCAUUAGAAAGAGCAAAGCACAGUCCAUCCCCCCGAAUCGUAUAGAGAAGAGUCCCGAGACAGCACCGAGUCGAAAAGCCAGUGCUGUUCCACAGAUCCCUGACCUGGAUAUUAAGCAAGUUGCAGCCCGAUGGUGGGGCACUAAGAGAAUUGAUUUUGCUCUUUAUUGCCCGGAUGCGUUGACCGCGUUCCCUACAGUGGCACUGCCACACCUGUUCCACGCCAGCUACUGGGAAUCCACAGACGUGGUCUCCUUUCUCCUGAGGCAGGUGAUGAGACACGAGAACUCCAGUAUCCUAGAGCUGGAUGGGAAGGAGGUGUCCGAGUUCAGCCCAUCAAAGCCCCGGGAGAAGUGGUUACGAAAGAGGACGCAUGUCAAAAUAAGGAACGUGACCGCUAACCACAGAGUGAACGAUGCCGUCUUCACUGAGGACGGGCAGCAGGUGGUCAAUGGGAGGUUUAUGUACGGCCCACUGGACAUGGUCACUCUCACUGGAGAAAAGGUGGAUAUUCACAUCAUGAUGCAGCCCCCGACAGGAGAGUGGGUCUACUUCGACACAGAGCUCACUAACAGCAGCGGCAGGAUCUCCUACGUGAUCCCUGAGAGCAAGCGGCUGGGCAUCGGGGUGUACCCGGUCAAGCUGGUGGUCAGGGGUGAUCACACGAAUGCAGACAGCUACCUGACGGUUCUCCCCAAAACCACGGAGUUCGUUGUGUUCAGUAUCGAUGGCUCGUUCGCAGCCAGUGUCUCCAUCAUGGGCAGUGACCCCAAGGUCAGGGCUGGAGCUGUGGACGUUGUGAGACACUGGCAGGACCUGGGGUACCUCAUCAUCUAUGUGACGGGACGUCCCGACAUGCAGAAGCAGAGGGUGGUGGCGUGGCUGUCCCAGCACAACUUCCCCCAUGGAAUCGUGUCCUUCUGCGACGGCCUGGUGCACGACCCCCUCAGACACAAAGCCAACUUUCUCAAGUCCCUGAUCACAGAGGCUCAGAUGAAGGUGUAUGCAGCGUAUGGAUCCACGAAGGACAUUUCCGUGUACUCCUCCAUUGGACUGUCACCGUCUCAGAUUUACAUCGUUGGCCGACCAACCAAGAAGAUGCAGCAUCAGUGUCAGUUCAUCUCGGACGGAUACGCGGCUCAUCUCUCCCAGCUGGAGUACAGCCUUCGCUCGCGGCCCGCGAAGAGCACCGCCAGGAUGGUCCUCCGGAAGGGCAGCUUCGGGCUGGGUGGAAACCCGGACUUCCUGAGGAAGAGGAAGCACCUGCUCCGCACCAUCUCCUCCCAGCCCAGCACCGGCACCAGCGGCUCCCAGUCCAACCACAACAAGCCCGAGCGAACACAGAGCCAGUCCGAGAGCGAGCGGGAGAGGAUUGAACGAGGCCAAAGAAGCAUGAGCCUCGCCGCGGGGUGCUGGGGCCGCAGCAGCAGCACCAAACUGGAAAGUGUCGUUUUAAAUCAGAAGUAGGCGGCCAAACUGGACACACCUUGAAAAAUGGGGAAAAGGGGGUGAGAAGAGUGCAACUUGGUUAGAAGCAAGGCAAAAGGAGUUUCUGAGACUCUUGCGUGUAAAUACGUGCCUCCUUCGCAUUCACAGUAUAUAUAUAUACAUAUUAAGAACCGUCUGAUCGGGAUGUUGUUGGUAAGCAUGUGCAAUGGGUGUGGAUCCUUAAUGGUGGGUACAUGAAAUCCAGCACAAGUGAAGUGACUUGUGUAAGUGUAGAGAGCAGUGGUUCUUCUUUAGAGUCUUGCUUUUAUAGUAGUAGUAGUAGUAAAUAAUUCUACUGUAAAUUUGUAGAUAUUUCCAGCAUGGCCUGCAGGUCACUUGAGGCCUUAACAAAUGGUUUAGGUUUCCUGUUAUACAGAAUAAUAAUAAUAAUGAAAAUAAUAUUAACAGUAGUAAAAAAAAAAAAAACGAUGGAAGAGUGACAUGAACAGAGGCAGGGCCAGUUAUAGUUUAACAUUUCCAACACUGAUGUACAGAGCUCUUUUCCAAAUCAAUUCUCUUCAGAAACACUGUAGGUUUUUUUUUUCAGCUUGACCACUAAGUGUUGUUGCUUGUUCCUGAAUGGGCAACUAUGUCAAAAGAUUUAAGAGUUAAGAAAUCUAACUGGGACACAUCGUUUCACAGGCUGUGAAAUAAAGACUCAGUGGCUGACCACGAGGACCAUGUCGAUUCUGCUUUGUUUGGACUUUGUAGCUGGGCGCACCUAGGCUUUCCAUGACCCACGUAAAAGAUCCUCCCUUUUUUAAGACGCCUUCAUUUACACCUUGGCAUCCCCUUGAGAAAUCUUCGAAAGUGUGGUACAGGCAGACACACAGAAAACAAACACAUGGCCAAAUCGUUUUUCUUAGCUGUUGUAGCUCAACUAUAUAACCUCAUUGUUUUUGCACUAAGUAACUUUUAGAAUGAAGAACUUGUAACCAUCUCAUGUUGCUACACGUUAUUAUCUGUAGUGCAUGAUAGUUAUUAUUUAUUGCCAAUCCAGGGUUUAAUAUGUAUCUAUAAUAUAUAUAUAUAACAGUGUGAUUCACAAAGGGUGCACCACCCACAGCACCGUGUUCUUCACACCUUUAAGCUGGGACUAUCGAUAUGUGCAGGCGGUGCACACUUUUUGAAUCGUGCUGCUAUCAUAUAAAUUUUACAUGAUAAAAAUACAUAACAAUAAGACAAAGUGCCAAAUAGGAAGUCUUGAAUGUUUUAGGAUGAGGCCAUAUCCAAAUGCAGUACAGUGUUUUCCAUUAGCAUGUGAUCGUACAGUGAGGCAUGUAACACUGUGAUAUUAGCGGGCUGAGAGCCCUGCACAGUACAGCUGAGAUCUUUGUUCAUCGUAAGUGUACAAUAACACGAAACACUGGAAAAGUACUAAUGCAGGGUUUCUGAAACGGCGUAACGACAUUUACUUUUACAACUUCGGAGAUUUUGGAUAUGGCUUCAAUCCAAAAACAUAGCUCUGGCUGAGUGUAAAGUAUUGAAUGUGCUUUGAAACGGAUGGUAAUAAUUCAAAUAAAUUGCAAGCUCUUUUGCAAAAGUUUAACGAAAACGUAUAAUGUGUGUAGAUAGUGUAAAGUUAAUGUAAAUGUUCUGAAAAGUAGGUAUAUACAGGCGAGUUAUUUAUGUAGAUAUAUAAGGUGAUGGAUCCUUCAGGUUUUAUUAUAUUUUUUCUGUUUCAAACUUUAUUUUAUGGACCAAGAGUAAUGUAACUGUCAAUGCAUAGGUGCAAUAUUAUGACCACUCUCCACAGCUGUAUGAUAAUUUUAAAAGAAACUUCAUAGCAUUGACAAUCAGUGAGCCACGUGUACUGGUUCUACAACCCUUUGAUGAACCCACAAAUACACACAAACUGGCCUUUGAAUAAUGUAAUACCAGUAAUUCAAGAGACAACCCUUUACCCUCGAACCUCAGUAGUUAAACAUCCUUGGUAUUGGAUGUCUUGUUUAAGAUGCAUCCAAUGAGCUUGAAAUCAAGACUCCCAGUGUGUAGCAGGCACACAUUUGGACACUUCGGAGCUCUACUAGAAGCAUCUUGCAUGUUUUGUGGAAGCGCAGUGUAGCAUAAAUACAAGACACCUGGAAUGGCUCGAAACGCCAUGCAGCUUUUUUGGACCUGAUAGUUACAUGAAACGUGCGCCCUGCCUGAGACUUAUUUAUGUCAUGCAUACCUUGAGACACUUGGGUAGCAGAACGCAGCAUGAAUUCAUAACAUUUGUCUAGUAGGAAGUUUUAUGUUUCAUUCAGGCUUGCCAUAUCCAAUGCAAGGAGCAGAGUGCAGCUGUAGAAGAGCUCGGUAGUAAUGGGCCACCUUGAACUACGCCCAGGAUGUAUGGAGUCCUUCUCAUAGCUUAUUUGUCUGAAUUGUACAGAUGGGAGUGGGCGGCAGCCAAUCGUAUCUCUCCCUCACUUUGUCACACACACAUCCACAUGAUGAAAUGAAAAACACAGAAUUACAUCCUGAUAUUUUCUGCUUAAUUCCAAAAAAAAAAAAAAGAAAA